AUGGCGGCUUGCAGGCACUGCUGUUCUUCCCUUUGGCCUCGGCCACUGGGCAAUGGUCCGCUCCGUCUGCCAGGGCGGACUCGGGCACUUACCCCACUGCAGGUGCGAGCACUCUGGGGCGGCACGGGCUCCCGAGCCGUAGCCGUGGACUUAGGAAGCAGGAAAUUAGAAAUAUCUUCUGGAAAACUGGCAAGAUUUGCAGAUGGCUCUGCUGUAGUACAGUCAGGUGACACAGCAGUGAUGGUCACAGCAGUCAGUAAAACAAAACCUUCACCCUCCCAGUUCAUGCCCUUGGUGGUUGACUAUAGACAGAAAGCUGCUGCAGCAGGUAGAAUUCCCACAAACUAUCUUAGAAGAGAGAUUGGUUCUUCUGAUAAAGAAAUUCUUACAAGUCGAAUAAUAGAUCGUUCAAUUAGACCUCUCUUUCCAGCUGGCUACUUUUAUGAUACACAGAUCCUUUGUAAUCUAUUAGCAGUUGAUGGUAUUAAUGAACCUGAUGUCCUAGCAAUUAAUGGUGCUUCUGUAGCCCUCUCAUUAUCAGAUAUUCCUUGGAAUGGACCCAUUGGGGCAGUGCGAGUAGGAAUAAUUGAUGGAGAGUGUGUUGUUAACCCUACACGGAAAGAAAUGUCUUCCAGUGCUUUAAAUUUAGUGGUUGCUGGAGCACCCAGAAGUCAGAUUGUUAUGUUGGAAGCCUCUGCAGAGAACAUUUUACAGCAGGACUUUUGCCAUGCUAUCAAAGUUGGAGUGAAGUAUACCCAGCAAAUAAUUCAGGGCAUACAGCAGUUGGUAAAAGAAAUAGGUGUUACCAAGAGGACACCUCAGAAGUUAUUCAUUCCUUCACCAGAGAUUGUGAAAUACACUCAUAAACUUGCCAUGGAAAGACUCUAUGCAGUUUUUACAGAUUAUGAACAUGAUAAAAUUUCAAGAGAUGAAGCUAUUAACAAGAUAAGAUUAGAUACUGAGGAACAACUAAAAGAAAAAUUUCCAGAGGCUGAUCCAUAUGAAAUAAUUGAAUCUUUUAAUGUUGUUUCAAAGGACGUCUUUAGAAGUAUUAUUUUGAAUGAAUACAAAAGGUGUGAUGGUCGUGAUCUGACUUCACUUAGGAGUAUAAACUGUGAGGUAGAUAUGUUUAAAACUCUUCAUGGAUCAGCAUUAUUUCAAAGAGGACAAACACAGGUGCUUUGUACUGUUACGUUUGAUUCAUUAGAAUCCAGUAUUAAAUCCGAUAGAAUUAUAACAGCUGUAAAUGGAAUAAAAGAUAAAAAUUUCAUGCUGCACUAUGAGUUUCCUCCUUUCGCAACUAACGAAAUUGGCAAAGUUACUGGUGUAAAUAGAAGAGAACUUGGGCAUGGUGCUCUUGCUGAGAAAGCAUUGUCUCCUGUUAUCCCCAGAGAUUUUCCUUUCACCAUAAGAGUCACAUCUGAAGUCCUAGAAUCAAAUGGGUCAUCUUCUAUGGCAUCUGCAUGUGGAGGAAGUUUAGCAUUAAUGGAUGCAGUAAUCAUUUUGUGUAACUUUAAAAGGAAAUCUGUUUCUCUAACACAGGUGAAAUACUUUGGACGUGAUCCAGCUGAUGGAAGAAUGAGGCUUUCUCGUAAAGUGCUUCAGUCUCCAGCUACGGCUGUUGUCAAAACUCUGAAUGACAGAAGCAAUAUUGUGAUGAGAGAGCCUGUUUCACAGUCAUCAUCUAAUUCUUCCCCAUGA